UUUCAUAUUUAUUCUUCUUCUUCCUCCUCAAGUCACAAAAACCAAUUCAAGAACUCUCAAGACUUACAGAGCUCAUUCUUAAACCCGGUUUAGAAAAUAAAAUAAAAAAUGGGAAGAGACUGGUCCUGGCUGGGCGGAGGUGGCGGAGGGAAGAAGAAAUCCUCAAACAAGUCAAAGAAAGAAGAAAUCAAAGCACCACCGUCGCCGCUUCCGCCGUCGUCUCUCGCCGGUGAUACUGCAACGGCGGCUGGUUGCAUGAGUGCUGUGUUCAACAUUUUCGAUCUUCACCAUUUACAGUUUCCUAUUAACCAUCACCAGCUUCAUCUUUCUAAAGGCGUAGAUGCGCCGAGAAACAGCUUGGAAUCAACGGAGGAUGAGACUCCAUUCUCACCAACCAGAAAAGAUGGAAAUCUCAAUAUCUCUAUGGGUAUUAAAAUCAAGACCAAACCACAAGCAAGAUCAUCUGUUACAGCAGCUACUGAAUCUUAUUCUCCGAGCAUAAAGACACCAACUUUGGUUGCUAGACUCAUGGGUCUUGAUCUUGUUCCUGACAAUUACAGAUCAUCUCCUACCCCAUCUUCUUCAUCUUCUUCUAACUUUAUCGAUCUCAAGACACCAACAAGAUCUUCUCACACCAAGAAACACAGACAUUACUCUCUCCAAAGAAACUCUGUAGACGGAGGCACUCGUUCUCUUCCCGAGACUCCGAGGAUUUCACUCGGAAGAAGAUCCGUUGACGUCAACUGUUCCUACGAACAACAACGUUCUUCGCUUCAUCUCAGAGACAACAGGAACAACAACGUGUUGCCUGAACGAGAAGCUGGUAUUAAGAAUGUCAGGCUUACGAGGGUCAAAGAGAUGAAGAUACACGAAGAUAAAGAGAAUCGGAGUCCACGUGAGUACGCUAGACAGAUAGUGAUGCAGUUGAAGGAGAACGUAAGCCGACGGAGACGAAUGGGAACUGAUAUUACCAACAAAGAACAACAAUCAAGAGAGAUUCAUGACUCCAAGAAAUCAUCUUCUAAGAUCACAAUCAUCACUCAUGAUUCUUCAUCAUCAUCCCCGAGACUGGGGUUAACGGAAAUCCCCAAAAGCAGACCAACCUCACCUCAGACAAAUAAUGUUGCUUCCAAGAUUCUGGAAACAACAGUCAAGGUUCAAGACAAGACCAGGUUACCAACAGUGCAAGAAGAGCCACAGGGACCAGAGCAAGAAAAACAGAGGAAAUGUACAAAGAAAUGCAAGAAACCAGAGAAUUUCAAGUCGAGAUUAGUGAAGCCGCCACAGACAAUGCAAGAAGAGCCGUUUGUUCGAUCACCAGCAACAAGUAACAACAACAACAAGAGCAGCAAUGGUCUUCUUCUCAUUCAAGGAGACAAAUCUUCGAGCAAAAAAACACCUUUGUCCAUUAAUCAUCUCAUCAACUUCACUAGUGUUCCCACCAUCAAGAAGAAAGAUUCAUCACCUCAUCACAAAUCGUCAAACGUAAAGCUCAGAGAAGCGCAAACACCAAGGAACAGAGCAUCAUCAGAGUUUCCUAGUUUUCCGAGCCAAUCACAACCCCACAUUGUACCAAUCGCCGGCGGCGAGUUAGAGUACGUUACAAGAACACUGAGAAGAACAGGGAUCGACAGAGACACACCAAUCUCAUACGCUAAAUGGUUUUCUCCUUCACACCCACUCGAUCCAUCGAUCUUCUACUUCCUCGAACAUUUCGCUGUUACAUCGACCAGACCUAGAAACCCACCGGAAAAUCUCGCGCUCCGAUGCAACAGAAAGCUGCUCUUCCACUUAGUAGACGAGAUCCUCGCCGAUAUCUUAAAACCACACAUCAAUUUGAAACCUUGGGUAUGCCGUUACUCAGUUCAAUCUCAGAGGAACUUAAAAGGAUCAGAGCUCAUCGAGGAGUUAUCUCGGAGAAUCGAGCGGUUCCCGUUGGCAAAGUGUCUGGUUCUCGAAGAUAUCGACGCUCUCGUCGGCGGAGACUUCCCGGAGGUUGAGCCGGCGUUCGAAGAGGACGGGGAAGGAAUCGUCACGGAGAUCGAGAGAGGAAUCUUGGAAACACUCGUGACCGAAACGACGACGGAGUGUAUAGCCACGUGGAUGACCAAAACGGCGCCGAAUAAUAAGCGUAACGAUGAUGAUGUCAGGGGCACGUGGGGAGUUCACGUGACGAGAUACUCACCAAACGUGGAGUCCCACCACGACUCGUCUUCCACAAGGAGACUGAGACUUCCACGUGGAUAAAAGUAUUCCACAUGGCAGACAUUUACUGGUUCUUCUUUGUAUAGAAUAUAUCUUCUUCUUUUUCUUUGUUUUAAGAUUAUUAAUUUUCAAAAUACUUUUCUAGCCGUUAUAUAAAUAAAAAUAAUUUUGUUUUUGAAAAAGAGUGAGAGUGAGAGUGAGUGUGGUGUGGACCGUAAUGUGAGAGAGAGAGAGAUAGAAGUGUCAAUCUCACAGAUGUUUUUGUCCCCCGCGUAUUCCAACAUGCCAUGGGUUUUGCAUAUGCUUAUGCUUAUAUAUGUAGCUAGUAGACCAAAGAAUAGUAGUAUUACUUGACUCA